GGCCAACAGAUGGCGCUGUUUCACCUUAUAAUCCUGCUGUAAACACUCAAGAGGAAGUUAAUCAUAACAGUCCUUGUAGGAAGAUUCAGUACUUUUGUGAUAUAAUGUGAAAUCUGCUGAAACUCCCUUCUCCUCUGACACAAUAUGGGGAUCUUUCAGAGGCUCGCAGGACGUCCUCUGAAGUCCAUGUGUAUUUGGUCACUCUGGUCACGGCACAGCUCUGCUCUCGCUGCGGUGGGCCGAGUGACCUCUGACAGAGCUCUGAUAGUGACCUCGAGUCAGCUGACUCAGCAUCGCUGUGUUCACCGCGGAGGGUUGGGAGCGAGCCCAUCAAACCCUGGUGCUGCUCCUCCACGGUUACCCUUCUCCAGGGUCACACAGGACGACCUGGCCUUCUUCAGAACGCUGCUGCCUGGAAGAACCAUCACUGAUCCAGACCUGCUGAAGUCCAGCAAUGUAGACUGGCUUAAGACAGUGGAAGGUAAUAGUGAAGUACUCCUGAGACCCAAAACAACAGAGGAGGUCUCUCAGAUUCUCAGGUACUGUAACGAGCGUCAUCUGGCAGUGUGUCCACAGGGAGGGAACACAGGUCUGGUGGGAGGAAGUGUCCCGGUGUUUGAUGAGAUCAUCCUCUCCACUUCUCUAAUGAACCAAGUCAUGACGUUUGACAACAUCUCAGGUAUCCUCACUUGUCAGGCAGGCUGUGUGUUAGAGAACCUGUCUCUCUAUCUGGAGGAAAGAGACUUCAUCAUGCCACUGGAUCUCGGGGCGAAGGGAAGCUGCCAUAUUGGAGGGAAUGUGUCCACUAAUGCAGGUGGGCUCAGACUGCUGCGCUACGGGUCGCUUAGAGGGACAGUUCUGGGCCUGGAAGUGGUUUUGGCAGAUGGGCGGGUUUUGAACUGCCUGGCCACACUCCGCAAGGACAACACUGGUUACGACCUCAAGCAGCUUUUUAUUGGCUCAGAAGGGACAUUAGGGGUCAUUACUGCUGUUUCCAUCCUGUGCCCUCGCAAGCCUAAAGCGGUCAAUGUAGCGUUUUUAGGGUGCUCCAGCUUUCAGCAACUGCUGGAAACAUUUCAGUGUUGUCGAGGGAUGCUGGGAGAGAUCCUGUCUGCUUUUGAGUUUUUAGAUGCUUCCUGUAUGAACCUUCUGGAGAAGCAUCUGAAACUCACCAACCCCAUCACAGAAUGUCCCUUUUACAUUGUCAUCGAGACCGCUGGAUCCAGCUCAGCCCACGAUGAAGAAAAACUACACAACUUCCUUGAGGAGGUCAUGACAUCAUCUCUGGUGACCGAUGGGACAGUUGCGACAGAGGCGACAAAAAUCAAGGCAUUGUGGUCUUUGAGGGAGCGAGUCACAGAAGCUCUGACACAUGAAGGCUACACCUACAAAUAUGACAUCUCCCUCCCUGUGGAGAAGAUCUACGAUUUAGUUGAAGACAUGAGGGGGCACCUUGGAGACAUGGCCAAGAAUGUUGUUGGUUAUGGACAUGUUGGUGAUGGAAAUCUUCAUCUAAACAUCACAUCCCCCUCUAAGGACCCCGCUCUACUGGCUGCCAUUGAGCCGUACGUGUACGAGUGGACGGCCCGAUGGAAAGGCAGCAUCAGUGCAGAGCAUGGCUUGGGUCUGAAGAAGAGAAACUACAUUUACUACAGUAAACCCUCAGAGGCAGUCGCCCUCAUGGGCAGCAUUAAAGCCAUGCUGGAUCCUAAAGGCAUUCUCAACCCUUACAAAACACUGCCAGACAACAUACACUAAUAGUUUCAUAUGAAAAUUACAAAACCACAUUUUUAUUGUACUGUUUUGUGUUGAAUGGACCAUAAGAGAUUAAAAUCAGAGUGUUUAUUUUGUUCA